AUGUUAUUUGAGCUCCUUUUUAUUUAGUACUAAAUAAAUGGCAGGAAUCUUGCAGGAAGGCAUACUCCCUGUGAAACAUGACAUCUCAAAUAAAAACAGAGCAUUCUUCCUUAAAGUCUGCCCUUUCUCCCCAAGUCCCUCACACAUCAGGCCAUCUUUGUCCCUGGAGGUCAUGAGCAAUGCUAGGUGACCACCAUCGUCCACACGGAGAGGACAGUCAGCAGUGUGAGGUGGUUCUACCUGCUAUGAUCUCACCCCAGGCAUGGAAAGCAAGAGUCCUGGUUGGAGCUGAAGGUGCUCAGCUGGGCUUGUCAGGAGUCCCAUCUGUCAGUGAGUUGACAAGAAACAGAGCAAAACGACUCCUCCAAUGGUGAUGAGCCUGCCCCUGGGAUUUGGAAACUUGGUAACAGAGAAAGCCAAAAUAGACAAAGGAUUUUUAAAUAGGAUUAUGGUCAAUUAAGCAAAUUAGAAAAGGAAACUUGAAGGAGUAUUUGGGAUACAGGAAUCAAAAGCACCAGGAAGACACGAGGAGUUUCCCUAAGCGUCUAGACUACAGCACUAUGUAGAUAACAAACACCAGAAUAUUAAUUAUAUCAUUGAAGAAAUAAAAUUUACAUUGAAUUACAAACUGUUUACAAAAUGUCAUGAAAAUCUUGUAGGCUUGUUUCAAUUCAGACAAAUGUGUUCUCAUUUUCAGCUGUUCACUAGUGCACUUAUUUUGAAUUUGACUAUCUGGAGAAGAGGUGUGGCCUCUCCUGACAGGAAGGCUCUGGGGCCCAGGCAGGGAGAAUGAGGUAUCAGAACGACUCCCUUGAGAGCCCUGUUCCCCGUUCAUCAACACGCAGACCCAGAAGACUCCUCCGUCCUGCAGCACCUGCCAUGAGCAUUAGCCCCCUGUGCUGUGCGGCCUUUUGUCUCCUGUGGGCAGGUCCAGUGACUGCUGGUGUCACUCAGACCCCAAAAUUCCAGGUCCUGAAGAUACGACAGAGCAUGACGCUGCAGUGUACCCAGGAUAUGAACCAUAACUACAUGUACUGGUAUCGACAAGACCCAGGCAUGGGGCUGAGGCUGAUUCAUUACUCAGUUGAUGAAGGUACCACUGACAAAGGAGAAGUCCACGAUGGCUACAAUGUCUCCAGACCAAACAGAGAGGAGUUCCUGCUCAGGCUGGAGUCAGCUGCUCUCAACCAGACAUCUGUGUACUUCUGUGCCAGCAGUGACUCCACAGUGCUGCAAGGCCGUCUCCUCUCUGCACAUAAAGGCAGGGAGGCUCGGCCCUCCUCCCCACCCCAGACUCAGGGAUGCCCUGGGCAGAGUCUCUGCACCAGGAACCGUGGAACCCCGAGUGGCCCGGGCAGUGUGAGCCUGGGCCUGUGCCAGGUGCCUCUGCAGGCAGUCUCAGCCAGGCCUGGACGGGUCGCAGGCCCUCAGAUGUCUCCUUUGUUGCUUUCCCUGCUCCUCCCUCUAAGCUGUCCUUUUGGGGUGGGGCCACUCCCCAGCUCUUACUUUUUUUCUCAUCAUCCUGAGUCCGAGGCCCCCACGAUGAAGCAGGAUUUGUAUUUCAGAUCCAUCUUGACCGGUCAGUCAAGAUAGCGGUUAAAAAUAACCAUUAGCUCAAUUGUCAUUCUCCUUCAUUUAAGGUGAGAUUUAUU